AUGGUGACAAAAGCAAGCUGUCUAUAUAACCUCGCUCUCACAUAUCAAGAAUGGGGAAAAUACGACGAGGCGAUAGAGAAAUACAAGGAGUCGCUCGAUUUGACAAGUCAAUCCAAUGACGAAAAUCAAGUGGGAAAAUCUAAUACUCUCAUGAAUCUUGGUUACUGCUACAUGGAGAUCAGGAAACUUAAGGAAAGUUUGUGUUCACUGAAGAAAGCAGUUAAAAUCAGCCGAUCAUGUUACUUAUCUCCUCAUCCCUCCUUGGCACUUGCUAUACGUUACCUUUCCUAUACGAAACUCCUCCUUGACAGAAAAGAUGAAGCUUGGAAAUUGGCAAGAGAAGCGUUGGAUAUUGCAAGCGUAUCAUUAAAGUCAUCACCUGCUCAAUUAGCCUUGUAUAUGAACUGUGUCGCUCGUUGUUGUUCAUUGCGAGAAGACUCCAUAGUGUGGUAUCAGAAAUCUCACAAAUUGCUGCAACAACUACCUUCUUCACCUAUAAGAGACGAUGUCCUUGCAACAACGCUAAAUAGCCUUGCUCUCGAAUACCAAAGAGAGGGGAAAUACGCCGAGGCGAUAAAGACAUUCGAAGAGUCGAAAAGGCGAUGCAAUGACGGGAAUCUAGUGAGAAGGGCUACGGUUCUCACGAAUAUUGGUGGCUGCUACAGAGAGAGCGGGAACCUUGAGAAAAGUUUGAGUGAACUGGAGGAGGCAGUCACAAUCAGCCGAUCAUGCUACUCAUCUUCUCAUCCUUCCUUGGCGGCUGCUAUACUUCAACUUUCCUAUACGUACCAUUUACUUGACAGAAACGUUGAAGCUAGGAAAUUGGCAAGAGAAGCGUUGGAUAUUGCAAACGUGCCAUUACCGUCAUCACAUUCUCAAUUGUAGUCUAGACUUUCUUUCUAUAGUAAUAAUCUGUAGACAGCGAUCACUCACGCAACAUCACGUAAUCAUUUUGGAUGCUAAAUAUAUUGGUUUGAC